AUGCCGCAGCAGCAACCACCCCUCCCGCUCCCGCCGCGCAUGCGCCCGCCGACGGACCGCGAGGCUGCCAUGGCCGGCCCGCCUCCUCCGCGGCAGCGCCUGGGCCAGGCGCCGAGGCCGUUCCGCGCGGCGGAGGAGCCCACGGCCCGCGGGCCUCCCGUCGCCGACAGGGCCAGGCCGCCGGAGCCGCGGCCCCGCCCGAGCCUCGCCGAGGACGGCCGCGCGUCUCACGAGGCUCUCCUCGCCAACGUCGCCAGGCCGACGGGGAAGCCGGAGGGCCGCGCCGCUCGGGAGGCUCCCGUCGUCCCCGUGGCCAAGCCGCCGGAGCAGCUUUACGCAGCGGGAGCGCCGGAGGGACGCGCGGCUCGGGAGGCUCCCGUCGUCCCCGUGGCCAGGCAGCCGGAGAAGCUGCACGUUGCGGCGGAGGAGCGCAAGACUCCUCGGGAGGCUCCCGUCGCCCCCGUGACCAGGUCGCCGGAGCAGCUGUCUGGCUCGCCGGAGGGACGCGCGGCUCGGGAGGCCCCCGUUGCCACAGUGGCUAGGCCUCCGGAGCCGCGGCCGGGGCCGUACUACGUGCCGGGGGGCGGCGCGGCGGCUCCCGUCGCAACCACCGACAGGCCGCCGGAGCCAAGCCCGUGGCCGUACCCGUACUACUACGAGCCGGAGCGCCCCCCGCGGCGCCGCACCUCCGCCCUGGCGUCCUGCCUUAUGGCGGCGGCCUUCCUCCUGUUCGCGGCCGGCGGGGCGGCGACGGCGCUGUUCCUCCUCUUCCGGCCGCAGCCGCCCGAGAUCGCCGUCGCGGCGGUGCGGCUGCCGUCCUUUGCGGCUGCCAACGGCACGGUGGCCUUCACCUUCGAGCAGGUGGCCUCCGUGCGCAACCCCAACCGCGCGCCGCUCGCGCACUUCGACAGCUCGCUCCGCGUCGCCUACGCCGGCGGCGAGAUCGGCUCCAUCUACAUCCCCGCGGGCCUCAUCGACAGCGGCAGCACCAAGCACUGGUCCACCAGCUUCGCCGUGCCGGCCUUCCCCGCGGCCACCCCACCGCCGCUGGACAUGACCGCGCAGCAGCCGGCGGCCGCGGCGGCCAUGAUGGAGGUGGACUCGCUGCUGGUGGUGAAGGGCAAGGUGAUGGUGCUGCGGGUGCUGACGCACCGGGUGCAGGCGUCCAAGGUGUGCCGCGUCGGCGUCUCGCCGAUCGACGGCAGGGUGCUUGGCUUCCGUUGCUGA